AUGAUGCCUGGUGAGGGGGCAACUUCAAGGGGUACCCUUGUUUCAAAUGGGGAUUCAAGAGUGUUAAAUUCUCCUCUUCAGAUAUUUGUUAGAGCCAAAAAGCAGAUAAAUGAUAUAUUUAUUGAUGUCGAAGAUUAUGUGAAAGAUGCAGUGAAUUAUAUGCAAGAAUUAAAAAAAGAAGAUGGAAUCCCUUUAGAAAAUGACAUUAAACUCAUUACAAGCUUUAUUGAUAAAGUUCAUGCGAUUAGAGAUGUUUUAAAAAGAGAUCACAUGAAAGUAGCAUUUUUCGGAAGGACGAGUAAUGGAAAAUCAACAGUCAUUAAUGCUAUGCUUAGGGAGAAAAUAUUACCCAGCGGAAUCGGUCAUACUACAAAUUGUUUCCUUCAAGUUGAAGGUUCUGAAAAUGGAGAAAGUUACCUCAUGACGGAAGGUUCAAAAGAAAAACAAAAUGUAAAGUCAGUUGCUCAAUUGGGACAUGCAUUGUGUAAAGAAAAAUUAGUCGAAAGUCAAUUGGUUAAAAUAUUUUGGCCGAAAGAUAAAUGUUUAUUGUUGAGAGAUGAUGUCGUAUUUGUCGAUUCACCCGGUAUUGAUGUCUCCCCUAAUUUAGACGAUUGGAUUGAUAAACAUUGUUUGGAUGCCGAUGUAUUUGUACUGGUUGCAAAUGCAGAAAGCACACUAAUGGUCACAGAAAAAAACUUUUUCCACAAAGUUUCAACUCGAUUGUCUAAACCAAACAUUUUUAUUUUAAAUAAUCGAUGGGAUGCUUCAGCAUCAGAACCGGAAUUUUUAGAUGGGGUUCGUUCUCAGCACACGGAGAGAACAAUGGAAUUCCUUGUUAAAGAAUUAAAAGUUUGUACGCAAAAGGAAGCGCAAGAAAGGAUAUUUUUCGUUUCGGCAAAAGAAGCUCUCCAAGCACGAUUGUGCGAACAAAAAGGACAACCCGCACACGCUGGAGCGCUCGCCGAAGGUUUUCCCAACCGUUAUUUCGAAUUUCAAGAUUUUGAAAAAAAAUUCGAAGAAUGCAUAUCAAAAUCCGCGGUUAAAACGAAAUUCGAUCAACAUUCGCAGAGGGGAAAAUUAAUCGCUUCGGACAUUCGUCACGUCAUGGACAACAUUUACGAAACGACGUUGAGAUUGAAAUCUGAAAAAGCAUCCGUUAAAAAAUUGGUGUACGAAAAAUUAAAUUUUACCGAACAACAACUUUUACUACUCACGCAAGAAAUGAAAGAAAAAAUAAAUCACAUGGUUGAUGACGUAGAACAGAAAGUUUCGAAAGCGUUGAACGAAGAAAUACGACGUCUUUUCGUUUUGGUCGACGAAUUUAAUCUUCCCUUUCAUCCGGAACCCCUCGUGCUCAACGUGUACAAGAAAGAAAUUCACGCACACGUCGAAAACGGUUUGGGAAGUAAUUUAAGAGCGAGACUCUCGAGCGCUUUAGCCAUGAACAUUGAAAACAGUCAAAGGGAAAUGACGGGGAGGAUGAUGGAAUUACUACCGGAUGAUAAGAAACAAUUGUUGGUAUCCAUGCUUCCGAGAAAGGAACCCUUUCAGAUAUUGUAUCGACUCAAUUGUGAUAAUUUGUGUGCGGAUUUUCAAGAAGAUUUGGAAUUUAGAUUUUCUUGGGGAUUAACGGCGAUUAUAAAUAGGUUCACGGGGAAAUCCGGUCACAAAAUCGCGCUUAGCAAUUACAAAACAUCGGUGCCAUCGGGAAUGCCAACACCGGAUACGUCUUUAGAUUUUCGAGGAUUAUCUCCCGCACCGAUUAACAUGAGCAGCAACGAUUGGUCGUUAAUAUCUAGAAUGGCAAUGGCAUCGGUUAGCUCUCAGGGAACGAUGGGAGUUCUCUUACUCACGGGUUUUAUGAUGAGAACGGUCGGUUGGAAAGUCAUACUAGUUACCGGAGCCCUGUACGGAUGCGUUUAUUUCUACGAAAGAUUAACGUGGACGAACAAGGCAAAAGAGAAAACAUUUAAAAAGCAAUACGUUAAUCACGCGACAAAAAAACUCAGAAUGAUUGUCGAUUUGACGUCCGCAAAUUGCAGUCAUCAAGUUCAACAGGAACUUUCGUCAACGUUUGCGAGAUUGUGUCACCUGGUUGACGAGUCGACGACGGAAAUGACGAAACAAAUAAAAGAUUUAGAUAAAGAAUUGAAAGAAUUGGACGAAGCCGGAAACAGAGCGAAAGUCUUACGUAAUAAAGCCAACUACGUACUAAACGAAUUGGAUAUAUUCGAAGAGAAAUUUUUAAAGGAUUAUAAUUUAAUUGAUUUGGCCAUGGAAAGAGUAACCAAACAUUUUAGAAAAUAA